CCGUUGAUGUUUGACCAGUAAGCUCAAAGGGCUUGCUCUUUCUGAAUCUUGUGUUUUUGUAUGUUCGUUAACGUGGAGUCUUGAAAGCAUGCUUCGUUGAUCAUUAGUUUUAUGUUUAUUGAAUUUAAGAUGGUUAUAGAACGAAGCUUUCCAUACCUUUAAUCGGUUUAGUUUGACAUCUGAAACUUGAACAAGUCGAUGUUCGAUUAGUUCUUCUGUAAAUAAGGAUCUUUAAUAUUAAAGAAACUAUGAAACAUUAGUUGAGAGAGAUCAUGUUAUGUCAAAGCCAGUUUACUCCUCUGCAGUUUGGUUUCCUGUGUUUUGCUGAGAGCUCCACGAGAAAUCGUUUUGUUUUCUGUUAUACAUUUCUUUUUUUUUUCCCUUUUCUUCUUUCUUUUCUAUUUUACUUCCCAAACACUGGAAACUCAUAUUUUCUUCGUUAACUAAAUAAUCCGGAGAAGACAAAGCCCUGUCAUUCACUCGUCUUGAUUUUCGAUUAUGAUCUGCUAGACCUUAACAGAAUUACUGAAAAGCUGCCAGCAGUCUCCAAUUAUCUUUCUGAGCCAGUCAAUAAUCCCAUCACUGGCCCUUCCGAGCAGCUGUAUAUAGCAUAAAAAGUUGAGACAAGAAACAAAUCCACCAUGAGCAACUUAAAACUAGGUGUGGAAGUGGUGAGUGCCCACAACCUGAUACCCAAAGAUGGGCAGGGCUCAUCCAAUGCCUUUGUUGAGCUCCAUUUUGAUGGCCAGAGGUUCCGUACCACCACCAAAGAAAAAGAUCUUAAUCCUGUUUGGAAUGAAAGCUUUUAUUUCAAUAUCUCUGACCCGAGCAACAUCCAGAACCUUUCUCUGGAUGCCUAUGUUUAUAACAACAUAAAAGCCACCCACUCUAGAUCCUUUCUUGGGAAGGUCCGUCUCACUGGGACAUCAUUUGUCCCCUACUCUGAUGCUGUUGUCUUGCAUUACCCUUUAGAAAAGCGUGGCAUAUUUUCUCGUGUGAAAGGAGAGCUUGGUCUGAAAGUGUACAUCACUGAUGAUCCAUCCAUAAAAUCAUCAAACCCUCUUCCUGCAAUGGAAGCCAUCCCACUUUUUGAAUCACGCCCAAAACAAGCUCCAACACAAGCUCAAUCAGUUGCAGAUUCAAUUCCAAAUCCACUCUCCAAUGACAAAGCUGAGUCAAGACGCACUUUCCAUCACCUCCCUAAUCUGAAUCACGAACAGCAACAACAUUCUACGGCACCAGUGACCGAACCAGUGAAAUACACUGUCGAUGAGAUGAAAGCUGAACCACCACAACCAGUAAAAAUUGUUAGGAUGCAUUCGGAAACAGCAUCCCAACCUGUUGACUAUGCACUUAAAGAGACCAGUCCAUUCCUUGGAGGGGGACAGAUUGUUGGUGGCCGUGUUAUACGUGCAGAUAAGCCUGCUAGCACUUAUGACCUAGUGGAGCAGAUGCAGUUCCUUUUUGUACGAGUUGUCAAGGCCCGGGAGCUUCCACCCAUGGACAUUACAGGAAGUCUUGACCCAUAUGUGGAAGUCAAGGUUGGAAACUAUAAAGGAGUUACAAGGCACUUUGAGAAAAAGCAAAACCCCGAAUGGAAUGAGGUGUUUGCCUUUGCAAGGGACCGGAUGCAAUCAUCUGUACUGGAAGUUGUGGUCAAGGACAAGGAUCUUGUGAAAGAUGAUUUCGUUGGCAUUAUCAUGUUUGACCUCAACGAGGUACCUAUUAGAGUUCCCCCAGAUAGUCCAUUGGCUCCAGAGUGGUACCGGCUUCAAGAUAAGAAAGGAGAGAAGACAAAAGGCGAGUUGAUGCUUGCUGUCUGGAUUGGCACGCAAGCGGAUGAAGCAUUCCCUGAUGCAUGGCAUUCUGACGCAGUGACCCCUACCGAUAGCUCUGCAGCUGCCUCCACAUACAUCCGCUCGAAGGUCUACCAUGCACCAAGGUUAUGGUAUGUACGUGUUAAUGUUAUAGAGGCACAAGAUGUCAUUCCAACCGAGAAGAAUCGUUUCCCUGAGGUGUAUGUCAAGGUACAGCUUGGCAACCAGGUGUUAAAAACAAAGACUGUUCAGGCCCGGACGAUGAGCCCAAUCUGGAAUGAGGAUAUGCUACUUGUUGCUGCUGAACCCUUUGAAGAUCAUUUAGUUCUUUCAGUUGAAGAUCGUGUUGGGCCAAACAAAAAUGAGUUAAUUGGGAGGGUGAUCAUACCUCUGAACUCAAUUGAAAAGCGUGCAGAUGAUCGGCUUAUCCACACCCGUUGGUUCCACCUUGAAAAGCCAGAUGCUGCGGUUGAUGUAGAUCAGUUGAAGAAGGAUAAGUUCUCCAGCCGUCUCCACCUCCGUGUCUGUCUUGAUGGCGGAUACCACGUGCUUGAUGAGUCGACACACUAUAGUAGUGACCUUCGUCCCACAGCAAAGCAGCUAUGGAAGCCAUCAAUUGGAGUACUGGAACUUGGGAUUCUGAAUGCAGACGGGCUUCACCCAAUGAAGACAAGAGACAGAAAGGGUACAUCAGACACAUACUGUGUAGCAAAGUAUGGCCAUAAAUGGGUGCGUACACGUACCAUCAUCAACAGCCUUUCCCCAAAAUACAACGAGCAGUAUACCUGGGAGGUGUAUGAUCCAGCCACAGUUCUUAUUGUAGGUGUAUUCGACAACAGCCAACUAGGGGAAAAGGGUACAGAUGGUGGUGGUAACAAGGAUAACAAGAUCGGGAAAGUAAGGAUACGAAUAUCUACACUCGAGGCAGGUCGAGUGUAUACACACUCUUACCCAUUGCUAGUCCUGCACCCUUCAGGUGUUAAGAAAAUGGGGGAGUUGCAUAUGGCAAUACGUUUUUCAUGCACGUCGACGAUGAACAUGAUGUUUAUAUACUCACGGCCAUUGUUGCCGAAGAUGCAUUAUAUACGACCAUUAACAAUAAUGCAGCUUGACAUGCUGCGUCAACAGGCUGUGAACAUUGUGGCAGCACGUCUGAGCAGGGCAGAGCCCCCACUUCGGAAGGAGGUGGUGGAGUAUAUGUCUGAUGUGGAUUCCCAUAUGUGGAGCAUGAGGCGGAGCAAGGCAAAUUUCUUUCGAAUAGUUGCAGUUUUCUCGGGUUUGCUUGCAGUUGGUAAAUGGUUGGGAGAUGUCUGUAUCUGGAAGAAUCCAAUCACCACUGUGCUUGUGCAUGUGCUCUAUGUGAUGUUUGUCUGCUUCCCAGAACUGAUACUUCCAACUGUAUUCUUGUACAUGUUUCUCAUAGGCUUAUGGAAUUUCCGGUACCGGCCGCGUUAUCCCCCACAUAUGAACACACGGAUAUCUUGUGCCGAGGGGUUGCAUCCUGAUGAGCUUGACGAGGAGUUUGAUACAUUCCCAACAUCUCGCAGUCAAGAGCUGGUGCGAAUGAGGUAUGACAGGCUGAGGAGUGUGGCAGGAAGGGUACAGACGGUUGUUGGGGACAUAGCAACCCAGGGAGAGAGGGUUCAGGCAUUGCUAAGCUGGCGGGAUCCACGCGCCACGGCAAUCUUCGUCAUGUUCUGUCUCAUAGCAGCACUGGUGUUGUAUGUGACACCUUUUCAGGUGGUGGCGGUUGUGAUCGGAAUAUAUUGGAUGAGACACCCAAGGUUCCGCCAUAAGUUGCCGUCGGUGCCAAUCAACUUCUUCCGGCGCCUGCCUGCAAGGACAGAUAGUAUGUUGUGAGAAUGUAGAUCAGAUACACACUUGACACUUGGGUGUUCCGGUGAGCUUGCUAUUAUGGGUGUUGGGUGUCGUCGGUUGUGUAUAGUUAGUUCUUUACGAUCUUGUUUUGAGUGACUUUUAGAUGUUGAGGAAUUGGUGUAGUUUCCCUGAUUGAUAUGCUGUGGAGAAUACCAUUGCCAUUGAUUAUUGUUUAUACCCCUUCUCAUGAA